UUAACCUUUUUCCAAGUUCUCCAUUUGGCCUGCCCCACUGACUACGCCCCUGUUGUUCCUCUUGUGCUUAGAAGCAACAUUUACUGGCGCUGCCUUUUGUUUAGGUUUGUUGUUGCGCUGUCCGUUGCCCGUUGCCAGUUGCCAGUCCGUCAGUCUGCGCUGGUUCCCACUGGCGUGGUGAGGUGUCCGCUCGCGCUCUUUCUAUCCGAAUCCCGCUUCCGUCGUCGCCGGCGUCGCUGCUGGCGCUACAACUGCAAAACAACUGCCGCUCUGGCAGAGAAAAUGCGCUGGCUGUUAAUGUUCCAAACGCUCCAUAAGCUUAAAGCGUCUCAACCAUUGAAAACGCUCCAACUGCUCCAAGCGCUGCAUUUGCUCCAACCGCUCCAAUAAGAAUCCACUACAUCAAGAAGCUAAACAUAACGCAACGAUGCCACCGCACAAGUGGACGGACGAGUCGCGGGACGCGUCCUGUUACUACCAGGAUGCGGCCGCAUCCCGAUUCCGUCGGCCGUCGUCCUCCUCCAACUCGUCCGCUUCGGUGGACCGCUCCGAAGACGAGGCGGACGACGAGCGAGAGGCGUUCUGCUCCGGCGAACGACCACUAAUCCGCUCCAGCGACGCAGCGGAGGUGAACGAAGGCUGUGGCCCCAAGACGCGUCACAUUUUCGGCUUUAUGGGAUUCCUGGGAUUCGCCGUCGUCUAUGCGAUGCGGGUCAACCUCUCGGUGGCCAUUGUGGCCAUGGUGAAUCAAACGGCCAUUCCGCACAGUAACUCAUCGGUGAUCGACACGGACACCUGCCCACUGCCAGCACCCAAUCACAAUGGCAGCGAUCCAAAUCCCCAAAAGGAGGGCGAGUUCGUGUGGGAUGAGGCCACGCAGGGAUUGGUCCUGGGCAGCUUCUUCUACGGCUAUGUGCUCACCCAAGUGCCCGGCGGACGGAUGGCCGAAUUGUACGGCGGCAAGAAGAUCUACGGAUACGGAGUGCUGGUCACGGCCAUAUUCACACUGAUCACCCCGCUGGCCGCCCACUGGGAUCUGCCGCUGCUGGUCCUGGUCCGCAUCCUGGAGGGAAUGGGCGAGGGCGUCACCUAUCCGGCCAUGCACGCCAUGCUGGCCCACUGGAUCCCGCCGCUGGAGAGGAAUAAGUUCGCUGCCGUCGUCUAUGCGGGCUCCAAUAUAGGAACUGUCAUAUCUAUGCCCCUCGCCGGAUGGCUUUGCUCUCUGGACUUCCUGGGCGGUUGGCCAUCGGCCUUCUACAUCUUUGGCCUGCUGGGUAUUUUGUGGUUCAUCGCCUGGAUGUAUCUGGUGUAUGACAAGCCCAGCGAUCAUCCCAGGAUCUCCACUUCGGAGCGGGAGUACAUCGAAAGGUGUCUGCUGGCUCAGCGGUUGAUCAGCCAGGAAAUAGCGGAGCCAGAGGAGGAAGAGGACGAGGAGGAAAAGGAUGAGGUGAAUCUGAGGAGGCCGCAGGAAGAACCGAUACCCUGGUCAUCGCUACUCACCUCCGUGCCACUGUGGGCCAUCCUGUUGACCCAAUGUGGCCAGGGUUGGGCCUUCUACACGCAGCUGACAGAACUGCCCACCUAUAUGAGCAACAUCCUGCACUUUGACAUCCAGUCGAACGCCCUGCUGAAUGCCGUUCCCUACCUAACCUCCUGGUUCGUGGGCAUCGCCUGCUCCGCCCUGGCAGAUUGGAUGCUGGCCAAGCGUUACAUAUCCCUGUUGAACUCCUACAAGCUGUGGAACACGGUGGCUUCUGUGGUGCCGUCGCUGGGCUUGAUUGGCAUCAUUUACGUGGGUUGUGAUUGGGUGUGGGUCACCUUUAUGCUCGCCGGCGUAGGUUCUUUUGGCGGAGCCGUUUACGCUGGCAACCAGAUGAACCACAUUGCACUCAGUCCCAGAUAUGCAGGCACCAUGUACGGGAUUACCAACUCGGCGGCCAAUAUCUGUGGAUUUAUGGCGCCCUACGUCAUCGGGCUGAUCAUCAACCACCGCGAGACUCUGACCCAGUGGCAUCUGGUAUUCUGGCUGGCGGCGGGCUUGAAUAUCGCCGGUAACUUCAUCUACCUGAUCUUCGCCAGCGCCGAGGAGCAGAGCUGGUCGAAGAGACCACCCACAACACGCAUCUCACGAUCCCUGCGCGCUUAAAGCAAGCAAAACUAUUCGCUAUUUUAGCUAGAUCAUAAGCAUUUGUGAUAAUUCCGAUAUACAUAUGUAUCCCACAUAUAUUUGGGCUCGAUGUUUCCCGGUUGCACUGCAAAAGAAGUGGCUUCCAAAAACAGAAACUAGUGCUACCAAAUUGGAAUGGAAAAUCGAAAAGGAUGUUAACUGUUUUAGUGUAUUAUAUACGUGUAUCGUCCUUUUAUAUGGACUUUUGUUUUGCUAGACGUCUUUUUUGUAUACCAGUAUACCAAUACCAACAAUAUAUAUAUUUAUAUAUCUAAGAUAUACACGCUCGAAGGCACUUAGGUCUGUCGAAAUAAACAGCACAUAUCGAAUGGCUA